CGUACCUCAGACCCCGCGGUCCUCUGACCCCGCCGCCGCCAUGGAGCCCACCGCGCCCCGCCGCCGCCACACCCGGCUGCGCGGCUACCUGCUGACGCGGGACCCGCACCUCAACAAGGACUUGGCCUUUUCGCUGGAGGAAAGGCAGCAGCUGAACAUCCACGGGCUCCUGCCUCCCUGCUUCGUUUCCCAGGAGAUCCAGGUCCUGAGGGUGGUGAAGAACUUCGAGCGCCUCAGCUCUGACUUUGACAGGUAUCUCCUCCUGAUGGAUCUUCAAGACAGAAACGAGAAGCUCUUCUAUAGAGUGCUGCUGUCAGACAUCGAGAAGUUCAUGCCCAUUGUGUACACCCCCACUGUGGGGCUAGCUUGCCAGCAGUAUAGUUUGGCAUUUCGGAAGCCAAGAGGCCUCUUCAUCAGCAUUCAUGACCAGGGUCACAUUGCUUCGGUUCUCAACGCCUGGCCGGAAGACGUCAUCAAGGCUGUGGUGGUGACGGACGGGGAGCGCAUCCUGGGCCUGGGUGACCUGGGCUGCAACGGCAUGGGCAUCCCCGUGGGCAAGCUGGCACUGUACACAGCCUGCGGGGGUGUCAACCCGCAGCAGUGCCUGCCCGUGCUGCUGGACGUGGGCACACAGAACGAGGCAUUACUUAAAGAUCCACUGUACAUUGGACUCCGGCAGAAAAGAGUGAGAGGCCCAGAUUACGACAACUUUUUGGAUGAAUUCAUGGAGGCGGUUUCUUCCAAAUACGGCAUGAAUUGCCUUAUUCAGUUUGAAGAUUUUGCCAAUAUGAAUGCAUUUCGCCUCCUGAACAAGUAUCGAAACCGGUAUUGCACAUUUAAUGAUGACAUUCAAGGAACGGCAUCUGUUGCAGUGGCUGGGCUCCUUGCUGCUCUUCGAAUAACCAAGAACAAGCUGGCUGAUCAGACGAUACUGUUCCAAGGCGCUGGAGAGGCCGCCCUGGGCAUUGCUCAUCUGAUCGUGAUGGCCAUGGAGAAAGAAGGUUUGCCAAAGGAGAAAGCGAUCAGAAAGAUAUGGCUGGUUGACUCAAAAGGAUUAAUAGUGAAGGGACGUGCUUCCUUAACACCAGAGAAGGAGCAGUUUGCGCAUGCACACGAGGAGAUGAAGAGCUUAGAAGCCAUUGUGCAAGAAAUCAAGCCGACUGCGCUCAUUGGAGUGGCUGCAAUCGGUGGUGCAUUCUCUGAACAGAUUCUCAAAGACAUGGCGGCCUUCAACAAGAGACCUAUCAUUUUCGCCUUGAGUAAUCCAACCAGCAAAGCAGAGUGCUCCGCGGAGCAGUGCUACAAGUUCACUCAGGGCCGCGCGAUUUUUGCCAGUGGCAGUCCUUUCGAUCCGGUCACUCUUCCGAGCGGACAGACCCUGCACCCCGGCCAAGGCAACAAUUCCUAUGUGUUCCCUGGCGUGGCGCUGGGGGUCGUGACGUGCGGCCUGAAACAUAUCAGCGACAAGGUCUUCCUCACCACUGCCGAGGUCAUCUCUCAGCAGGUGUCAGACAAGCACCUAGAGGAGGGCCGGCUCUACCCGCCUCUCAACACCAUUAGAGACGUGUCGCUGAAGAUUGCAGUGAGGAUUGUGAAAGAUGCAUACCAAGAAGAGACGGCCACGGUUUAUCCGGAGCCGCAGAACAAAGAAGCGUUUGUUCGUGCGCACAUGUUCUCUCCCGAGUAUGACCAACUGCUCCCCGAAUGCUACCCCUGGCCCGCCGAUGCCCGGAAAACACAGACCAAAGCCGACCUCUAGCCACAGCCCGUGCUCUCCACAGCAGCUCAGAGAGCUGGAAACAGUCCUUCCUAGUUUCUGAAGGUUGGAGUCUUUUACGAUGAUAUGCUUAGAAUAGGGUAAUUUUACUUUAAAAAUUGAAAUUUUCCUGGAAGAUCAUUAAUAUAAAUGAAGACAAACUUCACACUGGAUGAUUUCACUUGAUUUACCUUUUGGUAAUUUAUGGUUUCUAUCUUAAUUAUUUUACCCCAAUUCUCUUUAAAAAGCGAUUGCUCUUACUACUGAGAAACUCAUCUUUUUUUGUAUAGAAAACUUAAUGGGAAGACCAAAAUUAGAAAUAGAUAUGAUCAACAUUAGACCCCACAAUUCCUUCGUUGACCAUUUUGCUAAAAAUCCACUUUCUAAAAAUAAAAGGCAGAUGAAUUUAGGAAUACAUGCACUUUUGCUAAACAGAAACAACAUGACUCUAUUGCCUAGAGAAAAGAAGCAGCUUUUCAGGUAUUUUUAUUCCAGUCCCCUAUUAGAUUAUAUUUGCUCCUUUUCUCUCUCAUGGAAUCUACUGUUUCUCAGAGAAGAAAGAUCACUGCUGUUUACAACACCUUGCGCAGUUGGAUUUUCAUGUUCUUCGGUCAUUGUGACACCUCAUAGAAUAAAGCUCUCACACUGGAUCCUCACUCCAAAGCCUUGCUAACCUCAUUUUCGCCCAACCACACGCACCAGCCUCCGCCCUGCCUGCCUUGCCCCUCAGUUCAGCACAGCCUGAGCUGCAAGGUCGGGAAGGAGAGGCGAGCCUCUGCGCCAGGCCUCAGGGCAGUUCCCGGAUGAGCUCCUGGUCCACCGGAGUGUUCUCCCCCAGUGUGCUCACCCGGUUCCCUAGGCUCUCUCUCAUUCCUCUGAUAGAGCCACUGUGACUCCAUCCUGGAUCAGAUAGUCAUGUGCUUUGAUUACCAAGAACUUUCUGUGAGGAAGAAUGGCCACAUUCCCAGUGUGUAUGCUGUGACUUGAGAAGCCAAUCAUGGAACUUGUAGAAGCAGUUUCAAACUCUGAAGCUCAGGUGCAGCCGAACACUCGAUGUGUAUGGUAAAAUAUAGUGGAGAAUCUCCUGGGUCUGAAGUCAUGUUUUAAGGACAAGAUGCUCACGAUAAGUCAACUGUACUAUGAAAUGAUUUUAUCACAAGGCGGAAGUUACACAGAUUGUUUCAAGUGUGAAAGGUAACCUUUGCUUAAAGCUUUCUUC